ACGGAAAUGAGAAAUCAUACUGUCAAAGAGCACACUUCAUAAAAUCUUGAAUUUUCCGUUCGUGGGGAAGUCCAUUUGAACUGAAGAGACGGGCGAUCACAAUUCAGUAGCUCCGCACCAUACAAUUCGUGCUAUCGCGAGCAAUCCCAAUGCCCGCCGGUGAAAUCCGCUACGCCUCCCCGCCACCAUCCCCGAUGGACGCCUCCUCCGCCUACGAAGAUGAGGCCUGGGUCUGGGCUCAAAUCAAGGCGGAGGCCCGCCGCGACGCCGAGUCAGAGCCGGCCUUAGCUAGCUAUCUGUACUCCACCAUCCUUUCUCACCCUUCCCUCGAACGCUCCCUCUCCUUCCACUUGGGCAACAAGCUCUGCUCUUCCACGCUUCUCUCCACCCUCCUUUACGAUCUCUUCAUCCACGCCUUCGCUUCCGACCCUUCUCUCCAUGCCGCCGCUGUCGCCGACCUUCGCGCUGCCCGUGAACGCGAUCCUGCUUGUGUUUCCUACUCCCACUGCCUCCUCAACUAUAAAGGUUACCUUGCAGUCCAGGCACAGCGUGUGGCGAACAGGUUGUGGCAGCAAUCUCGGAGGCCAUUAGCUCUGGCUCUGCACUCUCGUAUUGCGGAUGUGUUUGCGGUGGAUAUACACCCUGCGGCGAAGAUUGGGAAAGGGAUAUUGUUGGAUCAUGCUACGGGCGUGGUAGUGGGUGAGACGGCGGUGAUCGGGAAUAAUGUGUCGAUUCUGCAUCAUGUGACUCUGGGAGGGACAGGGAAAGUUAGUGGGGAUCGGCAUCCAAAGAUUGGAGAUGGAGUUCUUAUUGGAGCUGGGGCAACCAUUCUAGGGAAUAUCAAGAUUGGAGAAGGUGCAAAAAUCGGUGCUGGGUCUGUUGUCUUGAUCGAUGUGCCGCCCCGGACUACAGCGGUUGGGAAUCCGGCAAGGCUGGUGGGUGGAAAGGAGAAGCCGGCCAAGCAUGAGGAUGUGCCUGGGGAAUCCAUGGAUCACACUUCCUUCAUCUCUGAGUGGUCAGAUUACGUCAUAUGAUUUGAAAGCUUUUUGAAUCAAAACAUCACUGGCGGAUGAUAAUUUUGGAGCAUGUCCACAUCUCUCUAACCUGUUGCUGUGGAUUUUUUAUUUUAAGAAUUGGGAACUCCAAAAUAUGAUGUAUAACAUGUUGGACUCUACACAUCAACAUUGUUUGGUAUUUAUGUAAGAUACUAGAGGUUCAUCAUCUGAUUCACAAGCAUUACAUUGUUAGGUGUCAGAUUGUUAUCUUGCUGCCCAGAAAAUAACAUUACAUGAGCCAUUUUAAAUUAUGGGCGUAAAAAUAGAGAGGUGGGUCUCAGUUGAAGUUACUCCAAAUGCAUGGAUGCAUAUAAUUGUUUUGAGCUCAUCUUGGAAGGCAUCUUAGAAGUCUUUAAUCACAUUUAGAUAACUCUUGCUUGCUGUUGCCUAUAGUUGCAGAAGAAAGAAACUGCUAUGGUUGCUUGUCACUGUAAUGGCAAUGGUAAUAAUUGUCUCAGAUCUCUGAUCUCUCACACUUCUCUCCCUAUGCAGCUCUCUAUAUGGAGGGAAAAGUUAGCUUUUGGUUUAGAGUGCAAUGAAAUCCCCUCUAUUUUCUGUGGCA